AUGGAGGCCCUCGACAUAAGAAGACUGGAGGCCAUUGUUGAAGACUCCUGCUCUGCCGCACAGGUCAGCUGGCAUUGGAGGGUCCUGGCUGAACAGGACUGUCUGUGGUCGGUGAGGUGUGUGCGCCGGGGCUGGUUCCUGCCCUAUAAUCCAGGGGACAGAGAGUAUGGUGGGUGGAAGAGCCACUAUGUGUCCUGUGUGUCCACUCUGGACUGGCUGACACCCAGAGAGGCAGCACAAACGUACGGCACACUCAACAUGCCCUGCUCCGGAGAGAGGGAGGAGGAGGAGGAGAGACGCAGGGAGAGGAGGAUCAGACAAACCAUCCGGGAGAGAGUGGAGGAGCAGAAAAGAGUUUCGCUGACGUCCAGACCAGCUUGGAGGAGCAACAGCAACAGACCAGGGGGAAUAGUGGUCAGCCGUCCCCAGGGAGAGAGGCUGGUGCCUGGGAGAACGAGGAGCGUUCAGCCCUCUCCCUCCUGGUUGUCAGACAGGACGGGACGUGUCUGUUUAACCCCUGACGUCAGCCUUAACUUGACCCCCACUCUGACCCUGGAGAAGAGCCAGCUCUCCAGUCAUGUGAGGUCCCAGGCCAUGGGGGACAGUGUGAACAGAGGAGGUUGGCCCACUUCCACCAGUAGCAGACCCAGAGCCUCAUCCUCUCUCUCUCCAUCACCACCUCUUCUGCUGCUGCUGUCCAACAGGAUACCUGCCUACGAGUUGGUCCUGUGUGGUGUGAGAGUAGGAGUGGUGGUGGUUCUAUACGACCACAGAGGGACCCUCCAGGCUCUGUUAUCCCAGGCAGAGAGGGCUCUGGGUGGGCAGCGAGCUCAGAGACUUGGGGUGCUGGCUCCUGGAGGUACGGAGGAGAUCACUCUGCUGCAAGGCUACAAGGUGACAGAGAAGAGUGUACUGACCCCGGACUACAAGGAAUUCUGGGAGAAGCUGUGUGGCUGGGUCGUUCUACCUGAGGAGGGAGGAGGGGUGGACAUCUUCUGUCCCCUCGCAGCGUCUGCCAGAGGAGUACUGCUGGUCCAGUCUCUGUCUACUCUGACAGGGCUAGAGGUCUCAGCUCCUACUGGGAUGGCCACCGGAUGCUUCCAGAACAUCCUGAGUGAGUGGUCAUGUAGCAGUGGUGACUGGACCGGGGUUAGCAGUGUGUGUGAGUCCCCCCCACCCUACGUGUGUGAGGGUGUGUUACAGGGAUGGAGCUGGCAGACCCAGUGGCUGGAGGAGGCUCUAGGAGCCCUGAGGGACCAUCUGGGGCCACAACUACCACGACUGAGUCUGGACACCAGGGGACGAGUACUGGGUCAGUUUCUAUGGGAGGCGGUAGCUCUAGAUCAUCUGAGUGUCUCUAAGGAGGUGACUGUAGCUCUGACUGAGGGUCUCACAGCGUUGGCAGCAGAGGAGACCAGACCUCUGGAGUUCCUCUCUCUCUUCCUGAGACGAUGGGGGGAGAAAAGGAAAGAUAUAAACGGAGGAGAGAAGAGAGGAGUGGAGGAAGGAGAGGAGAGAAGAGGAGAGGAGACAGAAGGAGGAGAGAGGAGCUCUGUAUUUCUGACAGAGAGGGGUCCACACAGACUCCUCAGCCCUAUCCCAGAGAUACAACAGGAGUGGCGUGGUGUAGUGGUGAGGGAGCUGUAUAUCAGUGAGUGUGUUUAUGUGAGGAGGCUGGAGUCAGUGGUGAAGGUCUACCACGAUCCCCUGCUGUCAGCUCUUCAGUCUAACAGAGCCAUCCUCAGCUCCGCCCACAUCAACAUGGUCCUCACACCUGUAGCACACAUACUGGACAUCAACAGAUUGUUUCUAUCAGAACUGGGGUCUAGAUUGCAGCAGUGGGAGGCUGAUCAGUGUGUAGCUGAUGUGUGUGUGAAAUUCUGCUCCAAACUCAACUACCUCAACAACUACCCUACUGCCCUACUCACCAUAGACAAGUGCAGAGAGAUGAACCCUGCUUUCAGAGCUUUCCUAAAGAGACAAGACAGAACCCUGGAGACACACAUGCUGAGUCUGCAGGAGCUGUUGCUGUGUCCAGUGUGGCGUAUGGAGGAGUAUGUAACUCUGCUGCAGGCGCUGUCUCUACACACAGUCUCUCAACACUCCGAUCACACACAGCUGUCUGGCGUAUUGGACAAACUCACCCACUACAGGGACUUCAUACGCCAGCUGAAGAGGAACUCAGAGAAAGCCACAAGGAUACAGGAGACCCAGCAACAGAUCCGGGGCUGUCCAAACUUGUGUGAGGGGGGCAGACAGCUAAUCACCACUCAGGACGCGGCUCUGCUUAGAUGCCCCAGUGAUGACAUCACAGCCUCACUCAGGAUGUAUGAACACGUUUCUGACGUGGGUCUGUUCUUGUUCAACGACGCAAUGGUUCUGACCGAGAGGAAUGUGUGUCACCGACCCCUCACACACACACACUGCGACACACACACCUUCCUGGCCUCUGUCGCCCUGCACAGCCUCACCCUCAGAGAGAUCACAGACACGCGCUGUGAGUACACACACACACACACAAAUACAGUACCAGUCAAAAUCAUCGGCCACUCCUAG